CCUUGGUUGGUUGAGGCCCUCAGGUCAGUAAUGCACUUGUAGGCCUUCAGGCCAGUAACUAUGGUGAAUAUUCUGCAACUUGUGCGAGAGCACUGGGCCGUAACUUUGGUUCCCAUAGGAUUUGUGGUGGGGUGUUACUUGGACAGGAAGAAUGAUGAGAAAAUGGCGCUCUUCAGGAACAAAAGCAAGUUAUUUCAAAGGGAAUUGAAACUUGGAGAAGAAGUCACAUGGUGAUAAUGUAUUAAAUGAGAAAUGCUUCCAGAUAAUUAAAUCUGUAUCUAUAUAAAAAAAA